AACAUUUCUCCAUUACCAAAUAAUAACCGCCAAACACACCAUUUCCAAAUUCCAUAACCAUGGAUCUCCUCCUCCUGGAGAAGACUCUGGUCGGUCUAUUCGUAGCUACAAUUCUUGCCGUCGUUAUCUCCACCCUCCGCGGCCGCAAAUUCAAGCUUCCGCCGGGACCCUUUCCUGUUCCCAUCUUCGGUAACUGGCUCCAGGUCGGCGAUGACCUCAACCACCGCAACCUCACCGAUCUCGCCAAGAAAUUCGGCGACAUCUUCCUCCUCCGCAUGGGGCAGCGCAACCUUGUCGUUGUUUCUUCCCCUGAUCUCGCCAAGGAGGUUCUCCACACUCAGGGCGUCGAAUUCGGUUCCCGCACCCGUAACGUCGUCUUCGACAUCUUCACUGGAAAGGGCCAGGAUAUGGUGUUCACCGUUUACGGUGAGCAUUGGAGGAAGAUGAGGAGGAUCAUGACGGUGCCGUUCUUCACGAACAAGGUGGUACAGCAGUACCGUCUCGGUUGGGAAGCAGAGGCGGCGAGCGUGGUGGAGGAUGUUAAGAAGAAUCCAGAAGCCGCGACGUCCGGGAUAGUGCUGAGGAGGAGGCUGCAGCUGAUGAUGUACAACAACAUGUACAGGAUAAUGUUUGACAGGAGGUUUGAGAAUGAAGAGGAUCCAUUGUUUCAGAAGCUUAAGGCACUUAAUGGUGAGAGGAGUAGGCUUGCUCAGAGCUUUGAGUAUAACUAUGGUGAUUUCAUUCCUAUCUUGAGGCCUUUCUUGAGAGGUUACUUGAAGAUCUGCAAGGAGGUUAAGGAAACCAGGUUGAAGCUCUUCAAAGACUUCUUUGUUGAUGAGAGGAAGAAGCUUGGAAGCACAAGGAGUUCAGAUAACGGGGAACUGAAAUGCGCCAUCGACCACAUUUUGGAUGCCCAGAAAAAGGGCGAAAUCAACGAAGACAACGUCCUUUACAUUGUCGAGAACAUUAAUGUUGCUGCAAUUGAGACAACUUUAUGGUCGAUUGAAUGGGGAAUUGCUGAGCUAGUGAACCACCCAGAGAUUCAGAAGAAUGUUAGGGAUGAAAUUGACACAGUCCUUGGACCAGGCCACCAAGUAACAGAGCCAGAUUUGCAAAAACUUCCUUACCUCCAAGCAGUGAUCAAGGAAACUCUUCGUCUCCGCAUGGCGAUCCCACUCCUCGUCCCACACAUGAACCUCCACGACGCCAAGCUCGGUGGCUAUGACAUCCCGGCAGAGAGCAAGAUCUUGGUCAACGCAUGGUGGCUCGCAAACAACCCCGCCAACUGGAAGAACCCAGAGGAGUUUAGGCCCGAGAGGUUCCUUGAGGAGGAGAAGCAUGUUGAGGCCAACGGCAAUGACUUCAGGUAUCUUCCCUUUGGUGUUGGAAGAAGGAGCUGCCCUGGAAUCAUCCUUGCAUUGCCAAUUCUCGGAAUCACUUUGGGGCGUUUGGUCCAAAACUUCGAGCUCUUGCCGCCGCCGGGGCAGAGCAAGUUGGACACUACUGAGAAAGGAGGACAGUUUAGUUUGCACAUACUCAAGCAUUCCACCAUUGUGGCAAAGCCAAGAUCAUUCUAAGAAGCCUCACAUGAAUCAGUGAACCAAUCCUCUUUCUUUGUUAUAUAACUUUAUUAUAUAUUUUUUCCCUCUUCUUCCUCCUUGAUUCCCUUUUGUGUCUGUACUGUAUCAGUGUUUUAGAGACUGCUUGAAAAAUGGGCAUGUGUCUUGAAAUGUCAUUAGCCUGCAACUGAGUAGGUUAGCAGUAACUCUGCUUGUUCCCAUUGUAAAUCUCUGAACUUGGAAUUAAUGGGUUUGAGAUGAUUUUGGAAUAAUUCCAGAGUUUUACUAGCAAAUUCUUUGGUUCGAUAAUUCUACAUAAUAUUGUCAUGUUGAUUUUCA